UAGGAAUGUCGUGGUUUAACUUUAUACCAGACAUAAAUUGGCGAGAAUGUCAGGAUUUUAAUAAGAUUUAUUUUUUGUUAAAAUAUUGAUUCCGGUAGCGAAUGAAAAAAUUAAAGAAUUGUGAAUCAGUAUUUGCCAACAAAUAAUCAGAAGUAGAAAGUAAAAUUUGCAAAAAUCAAAAAUUCAAUCCUUUUUACAAAUCUAGUGCAAAAUCAGAUUACCCAUACGGGAGAUAUCCAAAGUGUCUGAUGAAAUUGUCGAUAACCGUCGAUAUUUAUUCGAUACUUCAUUUCUUGCUUUGAUUGGUUCGUUCCCCCAACACGAUACACAGUGAUAAACAUUUCGUUAACUUGAUUUUAUAGUGUUUUCCCAAAGAACCCCAAGAAAAAAACUUCAAUUCUUGUGAAAGUGGUGGUAACCGGGCGAGGAAAACUGUAAAUUUUCUUUUUUGAGCAUUUUUUAAUUUCCUACAAAGUAAUUAAAUUAACUCUUAUGGCAUUUAAACGCUAGUUACUUGAUAAGAAAUACUUGAGACAACAGAGCGACUGAUAACAUUAUUUAAGUUGAAUUACAAACUCAAAAUUUAAUGCCAUUUCACAUUUCUGAUUUACUUUGAGGUUAACUAUGGCAAAAGAUAUAUGGGAAAAGAAAAACCAAAUUUGCCCUUUGUUAAAAGAACCAGAGGUAUAUAACCCAGACACAAUUGAUUUAUUAGACAAUGAGAAUGCACGAAACUACUGGCUACCGUGCUUGGAAGCUAUGGUGGAGAGAUUUACUAACAAAGCAGGGUCUCUGAACCCAGACAAUCCCGAAGCUUCAGAAAUUGCCAAAAUUUGUUAUCAAGAAUUUCAGGAUUUACUUGCUAAAAUUAAGUCUGAUCCACUUGCCCUGAAACCAUUAUCUAUAAGGACUUUACUAGAGUUCAACGAGGACAAUUUGAGGUCUCAUAAUUUAAAAGACGCCUGGCACAUGCAAAAAGAGAGUGAAUCAUUGCAAGCCUUUCAAGAAUUCAAUGAUAGAUUAAUUGAUAUUGAUUCAAUCAAUGAUUUUGAAGAAAAAUGGCAGGAACUUAUAAAAGGUGCCUUAGCGGGAAACGUUUUUGAUUGGGGUUCUUUUGCGGUUUCUAGUUUAUUGGAAACAUCAACUCGGUUUGGUUUUGGUGAAGCGAUGAAGACAAUAGAACGAAGGCCUUGGUUUCAUGAUAAUUUCGAUGUCUGGAUUACCCAUUUAAAUAGGCAACCUUAUAAGUGUGUGGUGAUAUUCGUUGACAACGCUGGUGUCGACUUUGUUUUGGGUGUGUUGCCCUUGGUGCGAGAAUUUUUAUCCUUAGGCUCAAAGGUGAUAUUAGCUGGCAAUUCUUCACCCUCACUGAAUGAUGUAACCUACAGUGAGCUAAAUGUGUACUGCUGCAAGGCAGCAGAGUAUUGUAAUGUCAUAAAAAACGCAAUCUCCACUGGAAAGCUCGUUACUGUCGAAAAUGGACAACAUGGUCCCUGUUUAGAUUUAACCAGCCUUUCGCCAGAACUGUGCAACUUAAUAAAAGCCUCGGAUCUUGUAAUUCUGGAAGGAAUGGCUAGAGCAAUACAUACGAAUCUCGAUGCAAAAUUUACGGUGGACAGCAUUAAAAUGGCGGUUUUGAAAAACGAGUGGUUGGCGAAAAGUUUGGGUGCCACUCAGUUUGCUGUUAUUUUUAGGUAUGAACCAGCCGCGUGAAUAUUAUACUCUGGUACCUGUUCAAUCAUUGUAGCUUUAAAAAUGUCAGUAGGGCUGUUUUAUUUAUAUGAGAGUAAAAAUUGGUAAAUUGCUAGAGUUGCUAAAAAAUCAUUACCUUUUUUUUCUCAAUUCCAUUAUAACUUUAUUUUGUUGUCGCAUUAGCCAAGGAAAUUUUAUUUGGAUCUCGCUAUUGUUUGUGAUAUAUAAUUUUGUACUACAGUUCAGGAUAUUUUAACCAGAUCUAAGAUAAUUAGGGAGAUACAUUUUCCAAAAAAAAAAGGGCAAAAUUACUCUAUUUCUAAUCAAGUAAAGGAAUGCGACCACAGAGCCUACAUGCGGAUUUAAAAAAAAAUGAUUGUAUUUUUUUAAUGUUUUAAAAUUUAUGCACAGGGUUUAAUGUAAUAUAUCUAUGUUAAUACAAUCAUGUAAAUAUGACCUGUAUAGAUACAUAUACUAUAUCAAGACUGUAAAUAUGUAUUAAAUUUGACUAUU